CUGCACCUUGUGAAAUAUUCGAUAUGGAUGAUGAAGCUGCCGAAAUUGAGCUGCUCGAACAGAACCUUAAUAAAACUCGAGAAAUCUCGCAGCGCAUGACAUCAAUUCUAAGCAGUUUUGACACCCGCCUUGUGAAGCUGGAGAAGUCCAUUCUUCCUCUGUACAAUUCCACACAGCUAUUAACGAAACGUGCUACGAACAUUGAAAGUGCCCUGCAGAAGAUAGAUGAAGUCGCCAGCAACCAGGAGGGGAUAGCGGCAGAAGAGGCUCUGAUUUUGCGAGGUCCUCAGCCGUCACAAUUGGGGGUAUACAAGGAAGCACUAGAGCGGCUCAAUGCAAGUAUUGCGUUCAAGGCGUCCGAUCGCGACUCUCGGGAUACCGCACGUCUAGUGGAAACUGGUGCGAAGAAGCUCGCACAGUUAUACACGAAGCUCGUGGCCGAAGGCUCGUCCGGGACGCCGCCGACCGGGAUCGACAUCACGUCCUCCCCUUUCCCUCCUGAACUCUUGCCCACCCUCACUCCGCUCGUCGCCUUCCUACGCACGCUCCCUGUCCCGGCGACGUAUCCAUCGCAUCCAGCGGCGCCCGCGAUCCUGACGACCCUGAAGGAGGCACAGCGCGGGUAUGCAGACAUGCGCGGUAACUGGAUCAAGAAGUGCCUCGAGAGCCAGGCAAGAUGGAUAGUGGAGAGAGCGGAGACAGUCGAUGGUGUGGUUGCGGGAAAGGAGUUUGGGAAAUGGGUGGACAGUAUAUUGAACGUAGCUGAGGAAGAAUAUCAAUUACUAAACGACCUAGCUCCCCUCCCCUCUUCAUCACUGCUCUCGUCUACAUACAACACCCUCCUAACGCCCGUUUUGGGCUUAUUCAGUUCGACGCUCUCCUCCCUCACCUCUCUGAUCAAACGUUCGCUCCACAAGUACACGUUCCUUGCUCUGUCUUCAUACGCUGCCUUGCUUGCGUCGCAGUCGCGGUGGGACGAUAUCCUGAUACGGCGGGCUGGGAGGAAGGACAAGGAUAAUGACUUCCGGGAGGGGAUGCACUCCCUCAGGGCUGUCUGCUUGAGGAGCUUCCCGGAGUUUAUUGUCGACAUCAAGAGCGCCGGUCUGGGCCCUGGCAAGGGUGGAGAGCUCAGUACUGGGCUAGCGGACUUUACGAUAUCCACGGUGCAGUAUAUGGAGAGAAUCCCGGACGUCAGAGAUGCAGUAGGAUCUGCUCUCCUUACUCUUGGGGACGGGAAUUGGAAGAUGGGCGAUGGGAUGGCAGUCGGCAAGGGGUCGAAACUCGGGGACGGUGAUCAGCAGAUUAUCCUUGAGCACUUCACCUACGACGUGGUGAACACCGUAGUGAGUAGCCUCACCACGCUAUCGCGUACUCAGAAGCGACCCGCAUUCGGGUCCAUUUUUCUGCUUAACAACAUAUCGUACCUGCGCACGCGGCUCCUCGAGUCCGACGUCGACAUUCGGUCGCUAUUGUCGAAGCCGACGACGGAGAUCCUGAACUCGAACUUCCGGACUGCAAAAGCGGCGUACUUUGACCUCAAUUUCUCACCCUUACUGCAGGCAUUAGCGGAGGAGAAGGGAAGCAGUGGUGGGAAGGCGGCGACGAAGGAAAGGUUCACACGGUUCUUCGAUCUAUUCGAGGAGGUGAAGGAGCGGCAUCGAAUGGCGAAGGUAUUGGAAGAAGAUCGGGAUGUCAGGGAGCAGUUGUGCGAAGAGGUUGUCAAGCUCGUGGUGCCGUCGCUGCAGCGGUUCACGCAGAGAAAUCGCGAGAAAGAGUUCAGCAAGAACCCGUCCAAAUAUAUCAAAAUGUCCGCCGAAGAGGUGGAAAAUCAGAUAAGGAGUUUCUACUCCUAGGGAGGGUCCUAGUGGCAAUCUCGGAACCGUAGAGGGAUACCCAAAGCUACGUGCAUAUUUUCAUGGAUGGUGUAUAUCAAUUGUAUCUUUAUGACGGCCUGUCACGAUGACCAUAAAGUCCGCCAGGUCCCUACUUAUGUGACGGUGGGCUCGACAAAUUGCCUGGAUCU